AUGACUUCAGCUUUAUAUUUGGAGCAUUAUUUGGACAGCUUGCAGCAUUUACCAAUAGAACUACAAAGAAAUUUUAAAUUAAUGCGGGACCUCGAUGAUCGAGCGCACGGUCUAAUGAGGACAAUUGAUCUUAUGGCCGAUGAAUUGCUGCCCAAUAUUCCGAAAAUGGAUGAAGAAACGAAAAAAGAAAAGGUAAAUACUAUUCAGGGAUUAUUUAACAAAGCUAAAGAAUAUGGAGAUGAUAAAGUGCAACUCGCCAUACAAACAUACGAGCUUGUAGAUAAACACAUACGUCGCCUUGAUUCUGACCUCGCACGAUUUGAAUCUGAAAUUCAGGAGAAAGUAAUGAGUUCUCGAGCAGCGCAACAAGCUGCCGCGGACCAAGAGUCUAAUCCAACUACCGUUAAAAAGGGAAGAAAAAAGCAUAAGGGUAGUGAAAAAGCUGCAGCAACAACAGGUAAGAAAAAGCGUCCGGGCGCAUCGAGCGAAGAGGACGCGGUCGCAAGCGGUCGGUCUGCAGCUAAAAAGAAGACGCAACGAAAAGGUGCUACAACUACAGCCAUUGCUGUUAAGGAACAGGAGGAAAAUGCGGAUCUGGACUCUGUAGCGGGCAUGGCUCAUCCUAGUGAUGUGCUUGACAUGCCUGUCGACCCUAAUGAACCAACAUACUGCCUUUGUCAUCAAGUGUCUUACGGCGAGAUGAUAGGUUGUGAUAAUCCAGACUGCCCUAUUGAGUGGUUCCAUUUUGCUUGUGUAGAUCUUAAAAUUAAGCCAAAAGGCAAGUGGUACUGCCCUAAGUGUACUCAAGACAGAAAAAAGAAA